AACAUUAACAACACGAAUCAAACUAAACAUUAGUAGUAAAACUAGGAAUAUCUUUUAAUUUAGUGAACAUUUCUAGUGCAACCCGACCAUCGAGUGUCCGAAAAUGGUGCAUUACUGAACAAAAUCUCCAGGGUAAAAGGAUUGCUCCAGAUCUCGGGGUGAAAGUGAACUUCAGCUCGCCGAGAGGGCACAACAAAGCGCACAUAUUGAAAGCAGGAACUAAAAAUAAGCAUUAAGUGAAUUGCCUCCCGGUGCGCCAGAAGCAGCAGGCAGCUAGUAGCAUGAUUACCCUGACCCGGAAGAAGAAGGAAGCCAGCAGUAAUUCGUUAGCAGAUUCCACCAAGCGGAUCUCGAUACGGGAGUUUUUGCUGGUGAAGGAAGUGCAAGAGCUGGAGCAGAACCUACCGAGUACCUGUAAGAUCAGCUUUCAGGAUCCGAACGUGCUGAGUGAUUUCACGCUGGUCAUUGCACCGAACGAGGGCUUCUGGCAGGGUGGCCGAUUCAAGUUCAGUAUUCAUGUGCCCGAGGAGUAUAAUAUGGCGCCCCCGAAGGUGAAAUGCCUUACCAAGCUGUGGCAUCCGAACAUUUCCGUCGACGGCGACAUUUGCCUAUCCCUGCUCAGACUGAACUCGAUAGACGGGCUCGGGUGGGCCCCAACACGACGGUUAAAAGACGUCAUCUGGGGACUGAAUUCGCUAUUUACCGACCUCCUGAACUUUGACGAUCCGCUCAACAUUGAAGCAGCGGAACAGUACUCCAAGGACAAGGACAAAUUCCAGGCCAAGGUACGGGAGUACGUUUCGGCGUACGCGCGGAGAUAAUCGGCGCUUCGCGGGUUUGGGGGUUGAAGAAGACGAGUGUGUGAUAAAAUAGCAACAUAGGCAUGCUACAGCAGCGUGAGAAUUGAACGGAGGAAAACAACUACCAACAAUAACAAUUGAGCCAUCAUCAGAGACAGUCAUCACCAUUGUGCAGAGGAAGCAUUCUAACUUGUCUCCGGUAUUUUGUUUAAUACUUAGCCGAUCGUAGGUACAGAAAAUCGAUAGGACUCUGUAUUUCAAAUAUUUCCGUUAGCA